GUAUAAAAGGGCCUGCAACCCGACAGACCAACGAGCCGCAUCCGAGAGGGUUUAGACGGACUUCCUAGCUUCCCAGGCUUAACUUCGCAAACUGAAGUAGUUCGCUGUUUUUAACAACGAUUUUCUCUCAACGUUUGUGUUAACUCUACACUAUAACCGGAAUCAUGCCUGGAAUUGCUGAGCCAAGCUUUGCCGCCUACCAACAACAGUGGGGCAACAAUGGUGGCUGGGGCGCCAACAUGACCGUUGUAGACAAAGUUCUGCCUGACAUGCUGUCGAUGGUCUCUCCUCACUGGAACCAGUUUGCGCCGAUGAACCCCCUGUGGCACGGCCUUUUGGGCUUCGCCAUCGGCGUUCUCGGUGUCAUCUCGAUCAUCGGCAACGGAAUGGUCCUCUACAUCUUCUCUAACACCAAAGGACUGAAGACUCCCUCCAACAUGCUCGUGAUGAACCUGGCAUUCUCUGACUUCCUCAUGAUGUUCACCAUGGCUCCCCCCAUGGUCAUGAACUGCUACUACGAGACCUGGGUUUUCGGACCCCUGAUGUGCGAGCUGUAUGGAGCUCUCGGCUCCUUGUUCGGAUGCGUCUCAAUCUGGAGCAUGACCAAUAUUGCCAUGGACAGGUACAACGUCAUCGUCAAGGGACUGUCUGGCGAACCCCUGACCAGCAAGGGCGCCAUGAUGAAGAACCUCUUCGUGUGGGCCUUCUCUCUUGGAUGGACCCUGGCUCCCUUCUUCGGAUGGGGCAAGUACGCACCUGAGGGCAACAUGACCGCCUGCGGAACUGACUACUUGAGCCAGGACCUCGUGAGCCGCAGCUACAUCCUUUUCUACGCCUUGUUCUGCUACUUCGCUCCUCUGGCCACCAUCAUCUACUCCUACUUCUUCAUCGUGCAGGCUGUUGCCGCCCACGAGAAGAACAUGAGGGAACAGGCCAAGAAGAUGAACGUUGCCUCUCUGCGCUCUGCUGAGAACCAGGCUACCAGCGCCGAGUGCAAGCUCGCCAAGAUCGCCAUGGUGACCAUCUCCCUGUGGUUCAUGGCCUGGACCCCAUACCUGGUCAUCAACUUCACCGGCAUCUUCGCAGGCCCCGCCAUCACUCCUCUGUCCACCAUCUGGGCCUCUCUGUUCGCCAAGGCCAAUGCCGUCUACAACCCCAUCGUCUACGGUAUCAGCCACCCUAAGUACCGCGCCGCUCUGCAGCAGAAGUUCCCCAGCCUGUCUUGCGCCCCUGAGCAGGACGACAACGUCUCCCAGGCUUCCUCUACCACCAACAGCGAGGAGAAGUCCGAGAAGGCAUAAGCGGCUUCUUACCGCGAGAGUGCUUCCGGUAUUUCGGAAAAAAGACGACCCGGCGAUGCACCUUGUAUACUGUCUUAAUGCACCUAACGAUCUCGAAAAACAAACCCAUAUUUCAGUUUCAUUAUUUAGUCACACUUACAUUUUCAUUUCCCAUUAUAGAAAUUCUGUUAUGUUCAAAUUUUUUAUCUGUAAUAAACCCAGCAUUCAAAAAACGAAAAACAAA